AUGACAAAGCUUACAUUUGAUUUUAAGCCAGAAACGCCUUUUGGGAUAUAUCUCUAUCCAUAUUUUGAGAGAAUCUAUACGCUUCUUACAGGCAAGAGAGCGAGUUCAUUUCGCUUCUUUUCCAGUAAAACACCCUUGAAUAGAGAUAAAGAAGUGAUUAUCACUUGUGUUGCUUAUUGUAUCAUUAUCUUUGGUGGUCAAUGGAUCAUGAAGAACCGUCCAGCCUUCAGAUUACAGAAACUAUUUCAGAUCCAUAAUGCAUUGUUGACUGUUGUUUCCGGUGCAUUGUUGGUAUUGAUUAUCGAGCAGAUAUUUCCAAAGCUCUAUCACCAUGGAUUUUUGUAUGCUAUCUGCUCUUCAAGCAAUUGGACUCAACCGUUGGAGCUAUUGUAUUACUUGAAUUAUUUAGUCAAGUAUUGGGAAUUACUGGACACUGUCUUCCUGGUCUUGAAAAAGAAGAAAUUAGAGUUCUUACAUUAUUAUCAUCAUAGCCUCACGCUGGCAUUAUGCUAUAGCCAAUUGAAAGGCCAAACUACUGUCUCAUGGGUUCCCAUUACACUGAAUCUGUUUGUCCAUGUCUUGAUGUAUUAUUACUACUUUCGUACUGCUGCUGGUGCCAGAAUCUGGUGGAAAAAGUACUUGACAACACUUCAGAUCACUCAAUUCAUUAUUGAUCUCUGCGUUGUUUAUUUCUGUACCUAUACGUACUUUAGUUAUACAUACUUGCCAUGGUUUCCUGACUGGGGAAGUUGUCAUGGUACUGAAUCCUCUGCCUUGUUUGGUUGUGGACUUUUGUCGUCUUAUUUACUCUUGUUCAUCACUUUUUACCGUUCUACUUAUAAGAACAAAAGAAGAGAAGUUGCUGACCCACAACAAACACCUACGCCUGUUGCUUCAACGAGUACAAGACAAAAGAAAUCUAAAAAGCUUUAA